AAUAGUUUAAAUUUCGCUUUCUGCUGAACAAGUUGUGUUACGAUUUAGAGCGGAGUGUGUUGUUCAUAGUGUGUCAGCAGUGAAGUAGCUGAAAAAAUUUAGUAAAAACUACAAGUGUUAGAAAAAUAAACACCGCGAAACCACAAUCGACAACCAUUAUAGUGAUUCCAAGCGCGAGCAACGAAAGCGAAUAAGAGGUAGUGUCAAAAGAUGCAAAUUAGUUUUUUGUUUGCCGAAUUUACAAUCGACUCGUCAAUUCUUAUUGGAAUAAUGCUUUCAAGUAGCAGGCGUUCGUGAAAAAAAAAUUAUGCGAAGAUAAAAGGCUUAAAUAAUUGAAACAAAACUCAGGAAUCCACUUGGAUAUAAAUAAAACUAUUAACGGAAUAAUUAUGAACUAAUAAAAAUAUAUACAAACAUAUGUAUAUAUGCAGAUUAAAAAUCCUUUCGAAGUUUAAUAAUAAAUAACUAUGCGAUAUUUUAUGAUCGAAAAUAAUUAAAACCACAAAAUUAAUUUCUAAUAUAAAAAAAACAAUGUUUUGAUAUUUAUAUAUGGUAAAUCCGAGUAAAAGGAUUCAUAAUAUUUAACUUUUGAUACAAAAAAAAGCAGAUUUUAUAAACAACAGUGUGCAGUAUGUGCAUUGAAAGAGGGAAAGGCUUUUUCCUUUUGUGAAAUAAUUGAAAAUUUCGGUCUAAAUAAAAAUAUACAAACAAAAUUACCAAAAGCCAAUUUUAUUUGCACAUUUCAAAUAUAAACGGUAAUUUUAUAAAUAGUGAUUGAAAUAAACGCUCACAAUAAAAUUUUAAAACAAUAAUACCUAACCAUACAAAAGCAUUUAUACAUUAAUGUGUUUAUAAUAAUAAAAAAAAUGAUUUAAUAGAAAAACAAAAAAAAAAUUUAGCAUACACUAGAAAUAAAAAAGAAAAACAAAAUAGAGGUGACCAAAAUAAUUUUUAAAAUGAAAGAAAAUCAUGCCCCCCUUUAAGAAAUUUCAAAUUAAAUUCCAACUGUGAAAAUAAACAAACAGUAAUAGGAGUAAAUUUUGAAAAAAAUAAACUGUAAACAUUGAGCAUCGACAACCUAUCCAAAUACUAAAUGCUACUUAUGGCGCCACGUCGUGAUAGCAAUAGCGCCAACAGCAGCUCAAGCAUUUUAGUACAACAUCAAUUGCCACAAUCUCAACAGCAGCAACAACCACAACAAAGUCAGCAACAUAUUCAAGCAUUUUUGUACUCCACAUCCUUAUACAACGGGGCCAAUUUACUUGAGUCCAAUAACGGUUCUACCUUGAUCACUAACAAUAGCAACAGCGAUAAUAUUAACACAAACAACAAUUUGAGUAAUAGUAGCAACGGCAACAACAUCAACAAUUUGAAUAAUAGUAGCAACUGCAACAACAUCAACAUGUCACCCAUGCAAACGGGUAAUCUGACGCAUGCAACGCUGAAUGGUACUACAAGUACUGGUGGCCCGACCUCCGGCAUUCAGAAUGGUCACCACCCACACCAUAUCGUCAGCAAUAUAAGCAAUAAUAAUAAUAUCAGUAAUAAUGUGAAUGUCAAUGUUAACGGUAAUAUUCAUGAUCAAUACACACGCUGUUGUUAUCCAAACGGGGAAUGUUUAAAAUUGGACGGAUCCUGUCUUAUUGGCUUGGACGAUCUAAGUGAUACUGUGCGUGUGCUCUGCAAUAAUGAGAACUGUAAUAUGGGACAGUAUAUGCAUCGCGAAUGCUUUGAGGCGUGGGAGCAAGCUGUGUUGGUGACCCUCAAGACUAUGGGACGAGCACGUUCGUGGUCCGAUCGUCAACGCACACAAAACUUGUGGACAAAGAAAGGUUAUGAUUUGGUGUAUAAAGCAUGUGUAUGUAAAUGUGGACAGGGCCAUAUACGCAAAGACCUCGAGUGGACACCACCGGUGCAAAAAUCAAGUGCAACACUAAAUGGUGGUCAGUUUGGUAAUGUAAAUGGUAAUACUACGGCUAUUAAUGGUGGAGUUGGUCAACCGCGUGUGCUGUUGGUCAAUGGUGGCAAUGUCAAUAAUAUUGGCGGUGGCAACGCCACUGAGGACGAUGAUAAAAAAAAGAAGAAGAAACGGAAUCGUAACAACGGAUCAAAAUCAACAAUGGCAACGGUAAAUUCGAAUGGGCUUAUUUCAAAUGGCCAACAACAGCAGGUGCAAUUGUCACCAGCAACGACACAAGCGCAACAUUCAUUGCAACAACAACAACAAGCAACGCAGGUUGCAAAUCAGCAGCCACAGCAACAACAAUCGGCAAAUUCUAUGCUUAACGGUCAACAGAAUAGUAACGGAAAUAUUAGUAAUGGAAUCAGUGCCAUAUGCACCCCCAAUAAUGUGAACAAAACCAAUGGUAGCUUAAAUACCGCUAAUAACGCCAUCAAUACAAUCAAUAAUAAUCAAAUCAAUGCUUUGAACAAUUCGAGUGUUGGCGUUAUUGGCUCAGGUUUGCAUAACAAUACCAACAGUGGCAAUCUACAGCAACAACAAUCGCAGCAGCAACAACAAGCUGUCGCCUCAUUGAAUAAUAUUCUAGGGCUAGAUUUGCGUGCUCGCGCUGACAGUUUGUCAUCGAGUGGUGGUGGCAGUGGCUCCACAUCGCCCUCAGCCUCCCACUCAAGCGCCGAUAUUUCCAUUUCGCCCAUACACCAGAAUCAACAACACCAACAGCAACAGCAGCAGCCGCAGCAGCAAUUGCAACAACAUCAACAAAAUAAUUUGCAAUUGCAACAAUACCAGCAAAGUUUGUUGCAACAAAAUAACCUCACAAAAAGUAUUUUGAAUGGUGCAUUAAACGGCUGCGUCGACACAAUCCAACGCAGCACUACUGCGCUGUUGGCUGCCACACAGCCGCAACAGCCUGCGGCCACACCAAUUGUAGGUGGCAUUGGCGCCGUAAAUGGAUUAAAUGGUUUAAAACAAUUGAGUGUUUUCGAUCCGCAUUUGGUGCAACAGCAAAAGAACAAGGAGGUCGAACUUUAUUCGGAGCGUGUGCGUUUAACAUCUGGCUGCAAUGGCAUCUUUUCGCGACGCUUGGACUUUUCAUCAUUCAAUUUGUUGCCGAAGACACGCUUGAACUCCUAUCAAGUUAAGAUCGAAGACGAAGGUAACCAUGGCAACGACGAAACUCGUCUAUUUAUUCUAUCCUCUUUGGCCCAGUCCCAAAUGAGUCGAGUUGCUUGUAUUUUAUGCGAAGAGCCAAUGCUGGUUUUCGAUCGCUAUCCACUCGUUGAUGGUUCGUUCUUUUUAAGUCCAAAACAACAUUCAAACGGUUGCAUUGAGGUCAAGUAUGAAGGAAGACCGUUGUUUUUAACUUGCGUUUGUAUGGCUUGUUUGGACGGAACCUCUACCAAUCGCGUCAUUAACUGCAGAUUCUGCGGUGAAAUUUGGGAUGGCUCGAAUCUAGUCCUGGGCACCAUGUAUUCAUAUGACAUUUUUGCCGCCAUGCCAUGCUGUGCUGAACGUCUAAAGUGCAAUAAUUGCUUCAAAUUGCUCUUGCAUCCGCAACAGCGGCUUAAUUUCUAUAGCGACUAUUCGCAUUGCGUCACCUGUCCUUAUUGCGCCACGCAGGACACACAUUUCGUCAAGCCGUUGAGUUUCUGCUACACUAAGAGCAACGUAUCGCGCCACCAGUCCAUCGCAUAACAUGAGGCCCCGUUGGAGACCACGGAAAUGCUGGCGGCAGCAACAACAGCCACAACAACAACAGCAGCAGCAAAUAUUGCCAGCAUUGCCGCUCCAACGGCGAACAUUAGAAACACAAACAACAACAAUGGUAACACCAACAACAUGCAAACGAAGAAAAUUGUACUCUAUAAUCCAUCAGUGGAUUACUCAGCACCGCUGCAACAACAAAUCAAUCCUGACAUAAUCGGUGCACAUCCGCAUGCACAACACUAUCAGCAACAGUGCAGCAGCAGUAACGGUAGCAGCGUUCCGGGCAACACCAUACACAAUACAAAUCAGGUAAGACAGCCACUACAACAACCGCAACAACAACAACAACAAACCCAGCAACAGCCACGCUUGUCCGCAUUUGCGCCCGUGGCUGCUGCACGUCUGUCCUUGGCUGGCCUGGCAGCUGCCGCAGCACCAACCGCAAGCGCCCAAGCAAGCGCUGGCAUUACGUCAUCACAGCAGCAGCAGCAGCAGCAGCAACAACAACAACAGCUCCAGUUACAGCAACAAAUGCUGGCAACACUAGCACUACCGUUAAGUAAUUUGAAUUUGAAUAGUUUCACUAAUGAAAUGAGCCCGAUUAAAUCAGGCCUUGAACAACAACAAAAUAAUAAUGUUAAUAACAAUCAGGUGGUAGGGCUGUUAGGACGCAAUGUAGACGCCAAUGUUUUACUAGCAAACAAUAGUGUCGGUAGCAGUAUUAGUAAUUUAUUAAUUAGCAAUAAUUUAACAACGGCCGCAACAACAGCAGCAGCAGCAGCAACAACAACAAAUGCAGUCGGCGUUGGAGACGGUGCAAUGUCUUUAUUGCCAGCCAACAGCAACUUAAAUGCUUUGUGGGGUCAACCGCAGGUCGCAUAUAACCACGCAGUUGGCAACGCUGGCGCUGGCAAUAUCUUCAACAACCCCACCAACACCACCGAUGCCAUCUCAACGCUGUGGGGUUGCUCCUCUUCGUCCGCUUCGAGUGGCGCCUCGUCCACCAGCGGUUGCUCAAGCGGCUCCGGCUCGCAGCCAUCGCUAAGUCCCACCUCCACCACAUCCACGCGCCCAGAUUAUCGCUGUGGCGUCGGCAAUGGCAAGGAGCCACUGUGGCCGUCGACACAACAAACUUCACCUAACAGCAGCAACACACUCAGGGAUACUUAUUACACCGCCACAAAGACGACUGGUGUAGCCAUAACCGCAGCAAAUGCGUUGGACGCCGGCAUCAGCGGUGGCGCUAACAACAACACCGAUAGCGUACAACAGUCAACAUCACCCACAUGCUCCUCCACCUCAUCAUCGGCCUCGUCGACUUGUUCGUCCGGCGUGGGCUCCAACGCUGGUCUCGAUAUCGGCACUUGGCCCAACUGCAAGUUACAAAACUAUUUUGCCGUCGAUAAUUGCAACACCAACACCACUGACGAUGUCGCGCACUUUGCCAAGAUUAACAACAUUUGGGAUAUACCAAGCGCAGCGGCCAAUGCAAACACACGUACCGCAAAUCUGUUCACCGAUCUUUGGUGCAACAAUGCCGACAACAGCGCUGCCACAGCUGGCACGCGCGUUAACAACAACACAAAUGCCGAAUUCGAGCUGGGCGCCGAUACCAUUGACUUCGGCGAUGCCUCAAACAUUUGGCGCACAAAUAUAACGGCCACCUCGUCAGCAGGUGGCAGCGCUAGCGCUGGUGCACGCGUACAGCCCAAGCCGCCAGCAGCAGCAACAAUUGCUGGCAACAAUAACAAAACAGUGCGUACAAAUCUGGCAACCGAUCUGGAUAACGGCGCUGGUGUUGCAGCAGAGGCCGACGGCAACAGUGCGGCAUGCAUGCAAUUGUUCUCCGAACAGUUUCUCAACUACAUAAACAUAAUGAAUUACACGGAUUAAGUUCGUCUCGUUGGUGAAUGACAUAAAUUUAGCGCAAUUGUUUAAAAGUAAAUAAUUAAAGAUGAAGAGAGAAAUAAAAUGUGGCUAGUGCAGCAUGCGCACUGUAAAGUGCAUAAUUAAGAAAACUAACCAAACCAAUUAAUGUAAAAAAGAGAAAACCUAACAGAAAAUACGAAGCCAGGCAUAACCUAAUGCUUGUUGCAACAAAAGUGUAAAAGCUGCGAGUUUUUAUGCGUAUUUUUUUCAAUGCAAUUGUGAUCGUUUCGAGUGAAGAGAACUUUGAUAUAAACUGCAGUUAUGAUUGACAAAAACUGCAAACUAUAUAAGAUGCGGAAAAUAUCUAAUAUAUAAUAGCAUUGUUAUUUAGUAAAAGAAAUAAUGAUACUAACUUUUUUUUUGUAAUAUGAAGUAGUAACUGUUUACCAUUAAACGAAGGCGAAAAAGUAGUACAUUUAGUUUAGCUUAUUUUUUUAGUUGUAAUUUAAUUUUCCACACAGUGGAUAAAUGUCUCCAGCGAAACAUUUUGCAUUUGCCACAGUAGCGGGGGAUUAAAGAAAUAUUGGUGGGUCGAAAAA